AUGAGCUCCUCUUCUCUAGAUUCGUCUUUCAAAAAUCAUGAGAAAAUGAGAAGAAGAAGUAGUAGUAGUAUCAGCAGUUUUAAAAGUGGUAAAUCGUCAAAUCACAACUCCAACAAUGCCGGUUCAACCACCAAUAAUGUUAACAAAAGAAGAAAGUCUUCAAUAAACGAACGACCAAGCAACCUAAAUUUGGGUCCAUUCGGUCCUAUAAAUGAACCAUCGAGCAGGAAAAUAUUCGCUUACUUGAUCGCCAUUCUGAAUGCCUCCUAUCCCGAUCAUGAUUUUUCAUCGGUAGAACCAACUGAUUUCGUCAAAACAUCAUUGAAGACAUUUAUUUCCAAAUUUGAAAACACUUUGUACUCUCUUGGCAGGCAACCAGAAGAAUGGAUUUGGGAAGUUAUUAAUUCACAUAUGACCCUUUCAGAUUGCGUUCUUUUCCAAUAUUCGCCUUCAAACUCCUUCUUAGAAGAUGAACCGGGAUAUCUUUGGAACCUGAUAGGUUUCCUUUAUAACAAGAAAAGAAAAAGAGUUGCUUAUCUCUACUUAAUUUGCUCCCGUUUGAAUUCGAAUACAAGCGAAGUAGAAGAUGCUUCCGUCAAAGAACUUCAGGGCAAACUUAUAAUAGAUGAUGGUUCAAAUGAAUAUGAAGGAGAAUACGAUUUUACUUAUGACGAGAAUGUAAUAGACGAUAAAUCAGAUCAUGAAGGGCCCCUUCAUUAG